AUGGCGGAGGCGCCGUUUGACAUGCCGGGCCACCGGUGGGACCCGGAAAAGAAGCGCUUCUUCAAGAUCGUCCCGGGCCCAUCGACUUCCGCGUCUGGAUCUAGCUCAGGUGCGCAAGGAUCAGGAUCAAGACAUCGAGGGUCGAAGCAGCGCAAGACGGAGAAGCAGAAGCAAGAACCUCCACGACCGCCAUUGCCGGCGCUUCCCACUGCCGCCUCGGGUCUGGGCGUCGGGAGAAGCGCCUUCGGACAAAGGGGAUGGGAUCCGGUGGCACAGCGCCAGCAAGCACGGAACUCAGUAGCCGUAACACGGCAGCGCGCACACCAGCUUACCGAAGCAGCGUACUCACAGCUAGCGCUGACUCGAGUCUUGCGCCCAUUCGAUUACAUCCGGGAACCGUGCACAAUAGCGUCCAUGUCCACCGACUUCCAUUCGAAGGCUCUGCUCGUGAGCAACACCAACUCAGACCUAGUCGGCGUCUUGGAAAGACCGUACUUGUCGUCCAUGUACACGCUUGACUACGACCCGGAUGGUUCUGGACCAAGCCAGGUCUGGCAGGGUCCCCGGCAAAGCUUUUACGCAGCAUUCCACGACGGCGCCUUGAGCAGUUUUAUCGAUAUUAAUUUUGCUACUGGGCCAGCUAGCCCCUCGGACUUUUCGGACCCUAACAUAGACGUCUUCGAAUUGCCAAGGGUAGUGAACCUGCACGGCUCUGCGUCGUGGGCCUCAUGUUGCCUUCCUUCCUCAAGCGGGGACUCGGAGGAUUCGUCGAUCCUUGCAAUAGCGCCGGGCAAGAACGUGCAUGUGUUCACCUUUGUGCACACGCAAUCGUCACUUGUCGUGAAGCAUGUCGCGCAAAACAAAGAGCUGAGCGACAUCAUGGCGCUUGCACUCGACCCGACUGGACGAGUGCUGUACGUCGGCCUUCGCUCUGGGAUAGUACGUGCUUGGAGCCUUACUUCCAAUACGCUUACGGCAUUCAGGACUGUAGUUGCGGGACAGGGAUCGGUGACCAACCUUGCGGUGCCUUCGUGUGGCGAGUUGCUCGUUGUGCGCAUCACGGGCGAGGUCUCACUGGUCACCCCAACUGGCGACACGAUUCGGACAUUCGAGGGACACGUCAACUCGUACCAUUUUGACCUUGGUUUCGCUCUCGAUCCCGAGUCCCGCGUGAUGGCGUUGGCGGGGAUCGACAAUCGCGUGCGUGUUUGGUCGCUCGACCUAUCAACACCGUUCAAGACGUCAGCAGCCAAGAUCCCUGUCCCAAAGUUUGGUGGGUUCGAUGACGAGUCAGUGAAAACGAUCUUCAAACAAGCGCACGAGGAUGGCGAAGGCAGAGUGAUGGAAAGGGAAGAUGCGCUCGGGGCGUGCGUGUUCCCAAAGGACGUGACGGCGUUGCUGUGGCACCCGCGCAUGACGCGAGAGGACGAGCCAGCAGAGGUCGGCGGCUUCAAGGACCUGUACGUCGGCGCGGGCGAGUGGGUGUACCACUUUACCUGGCCCUGA